AUGGCACAAUACAAGCUAUCGCGCCCUGACACUGACGUCGAAUUCGUCUAUGAUGUCCAAAGUCCCAACAACACAGAUGAUAGCGCAGGCUUUUUUCAAUUGCAAGUCGUACCAAAACCCCCGUCAUAUCAAACGAUUACGGCUAACCGUAACGAAACAGAUGACUCCUCAAAAGCCCUCAGCGACUCAUCGAUGCUCUUGUCGCCAAGCUUAUGGAUCGCCAUCUACGAUCCAACAUUAGACCUGGCAUCUGCUCUCGAAAACGGAUACACCCGCAUGGUCCUAAUCAACGCCAACGGCUUGACAGCCAUCAACCUCGGUCUCAACCGCAGACAGGCACCAAAUACAUCGCCCGCAUAUGAUUAUAAGCUUUCCGUAUCGACCAUCCCAGCUGCUGGAGUCAACUGUGGCGCCACAUCAACAGGGAGUACAGCGCCGUGUCAUAUUAGUCUCUUUCUCCAGUUCCCGAGUUUCGAUAGACAGAACUCUCGGCUGGGCGUGGAGAUGAAGUGGGAGGAAGUAAUAGCCGCGGCUGGCUCGUGGUUUUCUCUCUUCCAGAUUGCGGGUUGGAUUUUCUCGGGUUUGGCUUUUCAUACUGGUUAG